UUACCAAAAUCAGCUUUUAUUUAAUCUGUUAAACAUCACUAAAAAUAGAAAAUGUUUUGAAAGAAAAUGAUCCUGUUACUGAAAAUCAAUUUGUUCAACGGAGCCGAAAAGAAACUGAAAACUAGAUGCUUUUGUUUUAAUACGGCAAAAUUUACAAAGGCGUAUUUUAGAUAGAAAAAAAACCAGAGUAAUAAAUUUCCAGAAUAAAACUCAGAAAUGUUGAAAGUAAUUAUUGUAGAAGUAAUUUUCUACAAUCAACUUGGAAAUUCCUGAGUUUCAAAUGUUGAAAAUUUUGGACUUUUGAAACUUUUUUGACUUUUUUUUUCUAUAAAAUUUCUGAGACGAAUCUCAAUUUAUGAGUUUUUUGGUGGAAAUAAACUUUUCUUAUUAUUUUAUGUUUUAUCUACGAUGGCUCUAAUAUUCUAUCAUAAAAAUCACAUUCAGGUUUUGGAACUACAAUAAAUAUCUAUUUCGAGAAAAAAAAAUCAGUUUUUUUAUUUGCCUGAUUUAAGUUUUUUUUGGACCCAAAUGACAAAAAGUUUGGACACCCUGCUUAGAUCAUCGGUGUUUGUUUUCCGUCGCCUCCUGUUAUCCUGAACGUAACCAUAACGACGCCAACAGGAACUCUGAUGAACUCAAACGUGAGUUCAUGGGGUUUAUUUGAACUCUGACCUCUGGACUUCAGCCUGCAUGUCUGGAAACUUCUGUGAAAGUAGAAACAGGUGAAUCAGUAAAUGCUGCCGUUCAAAGUCUGGCAGGUUUUCCUUCAGCUGUUUGUGUGAAUUAAUGACAGAAUCAGAUGAAGAAAACCUGAGAAAACGACAAAUCCACCCAAACCAACGGGUCUGCAGCAGCAGCAGGACUGGGGAUGUGAAGAAUCUCAAGUGUUUUGCAGUUUUCUGGAAGUUUCUUUCAGAUUUGUGGUGCAUAGAAGCUGAACGCUGCUUCUCCACGCUGGGUUUUUAUUUGUGAGAGGAGGCAAGUUCAGCAGGCCGACAUGGAUGAAUGCACAGCUGGUUUAUCUUUCUGAUGAAUUUUUGUAUUUUGUUCCUUUCUGUACAGUGCUUUGCUCCGCUGCAGUUGUUACAAUGUCCUUUAGAAAUGAAGCUGGAUUGGGUUGUUGGUUAUUAUUUGUUGGGAUGUUUUUGUGAACAAAAAUUAAACUAUACAGCUAUGAAAAUUGAGAUUUUUUUGCACUAAUACAAAGUAAAGUUCCCAAUUAAAUCUAAAAUAAACUAUUUUAAUCUUUUUAUCUAUGCAGAAGCUAUUACAUUUAAUGCCCUUCUCAUUCUUAAUAAGCAAAUGUUAAAAUUUUAGCUCUACGCAGUUUUUUAGCUCACUUAUGCCUCGGAAAACCUCAUAAGUUACAGCAUUUAUUUAAUUAGUGCUUCAGUUUCUUCUGAAUUUGGACGAAACCUGAAAAAGAAAGGAGACAUUUUGUUUCAUGAACUUCGCGGCUUUUUCAGCUGGAAUAUUUCAUAGCGGCAGUUGGCUGCUCCACCGGGAGGGGGCGGUGACGUAACCGAACAAACUGUUCAACAAGAAGAAGAAGCGGCGGCGCCAUUUUUGCGCUGCGGUGGUUUAGCCGUGAACAUGUCCGGCAUGUCUUCGGUCCAGCAUCUCAGAGAGUUCAUCAGCGAGCGGCUGGCUGCCGCCGCGGAGGAAAUCUUCUCGGUCUUCCAGAGAACCGUCGCCCAGUACGAGGAGGAGCUGGACCGCCAGCGCAGGCUGCUGGACGGCGCCUGGAGACCGGAGGUUCGGCUGGACCGGACGGACCUUUCUCAGUAUUUCCUCCAGAAGCAAGAGGAGAUUCCUGCUGAGCUGCAGACCAGAAACCAGAAGAUGGAUCCCAACGUGGCCCAAAAGGAACCAGAAGGUUCGGAGGCGAAAGAAAACCAGGAAGCACCAGAAACUUUCCAGAUUAAAGAAGAACAAAAUGAACCAGAAGCUCAACAAGUUAAAGAGGAGCAUGAAGAGCUCUGCGCCAAUCUGGAGGAAGAGAACCUGGUUCUGAUGCCGAUGGUGGCUUCCUCUCAUGAAGAAAGUUUGAACACUGAACCAGAGCCGGACCUGAACCAGCUUCAGCCUGACAGCCAACCAGAAACACAAGAUCAGAAUGAAAACUUGACUAACGACUCUGGAUCAUCUGGAAAUGCAGCACUGGAACUGAAAAAUGAUCAGAGCACAGCUGAUAAGGAGAAGUUGUCUCUGAAAUGUGACGUUUGUGGAAAAUUAUUCUCCAGAGCUUCUAAUUUACGUUCUCAUUCCAGAGUUCACACUGGAGAGGAACCGUAUUCCUGUAAAGUCUGCAAGAAAACCUUCCGAGAGAAGCAUAACAUGCUGAGCCACAUGAGGACGCACACGGACGAGAAACCGUAUUCCUGUAAAACCUGCGGCCGAAAUUUCCGCUUUAGAAGCAGCUUCAUGGUCCACAUGAGGACCCACACAGGGGAGAAGCCAUACUUCUGCCAGACCUGCGGAAAAAAUUUUCCCGAACUGCAAUCACUCAAGAAGCACAUGAUGAUCCACACCGGCGAGAAACCGCAUUCCUGUAGAACCUGUGAGAGAGGCUUCAGCAGCCGCAGCCACCUGGUGCGCCACAUGCAGGUUCACUCUGCAGACCGGCCGUACCAAUGUCAAACCUGCGGGAAAGGCUACGGCUGCAGCAGCCAUUUCCGCAGGCACAUGAUGAGCCACACGGGCGAGAGACCGUUCGCCUGCACCACAUGCGGCUUCCGCUUCAUGCGCAGCAGCAACCUGAAACGGCACAUGAGGAACCACUCCGAAGACAGGCCACACUUCUGCAAAACCUGCGGUAAGACGUUCUCCCUGCGGUCGGCGCUGUCCAAGCACAUGCUGAUCCACACGAGAGCCAGGCCUCACGCGUGCAACACGUGUGGAAAACGAUUCAUGAAAACGUUUCAUCUGAGGCGCCAUUUGAAGACUCACGUGGCUCCAAAGCAUCUUUUGGAAGGAACCAAUCAGCAACAGCUAGCAGUUAGCUUCCACUGUAGCGGUGUGAGUUUAGCCGUGAACAUGUCCGGCAUGUCUUCGGUCCAGCAUCUCAGAGAGUUCAUCAGCGAGCGGCUGGCUGCCGCCGCGGAGGAAAUCUUCUCGGUCUUCCAGAGAACCGUCGCCCAGUACGAGGAGGAGCUGGACCGCCAGCGCAGGCUGCUGGACGGCGCCUGGAGACCGGACAGCGGCUUCCAGGCAGCAGACCCGCCACUGCAGCCGUUUCCCUACAUGGACGAGCAGAACCUCCAGAUCCAGAACAACAGCCCGGUCCUGGGGGAACCAGAACCUCUACAGGUCAAAGAGGAAAACGAGGAGCUGCGCAUCAGCCCGGAGGAAGAGCAGCCGGUUCUGAAGCAGGAGGCCGACAUGCUCGCUGCGGCUUUGGCUUACGAAGGACCCGGAACCGAACCGGAACCGGGCCGGGACCGCUUUCCGCCAGCCGAGAGUCACGACCGGCCCAAACGCUUCGAACCGGCCGGGAAGCCGGAUCAGAACCACAGCAGGGCUGAGCGAUCCAGCUGGACUCAGAAGUGUGACGUUUGCGGCAAAGCGUUCAACAAAGCGUCGGAGCUGCGCGCGCAUUACCGCAUCCACACCGGGGAGAAACCGUUCUGCUGCCCCACCUGUCAGAAAGCCUUCACCUUCAAGUCCAACCUGCGGGUCCACCUGCGCACGCACACCAACGAGGCGCCGUUCUCCUGCCAGACCUGCGGCAAGCUCUUCAAGCACCGCAGCAGCCUGAUGGUGCACUGCCGCAGCCACACCGGGGAGAGACCGUACGCCUGUGCCGCCUGCGGGAAGCGAUUCACAGACAAGUCCUCGCUCAAGCAGCACUCGGUCACACACACGGGCCACAGGAUGUACUCGUGUGCGCUGUGUGGGCGGGGCUUCAAUAGGAGCAGCUACCUGCUGCAGCACAUGAAGGUUCACACGCCAGAGAGUUUCUCAACAUGAGUUAGAGUCGGGAGGAACUCAAAACCGCUCCAGGAAUCGUGCUUACUCAGCAAACCUUCCCCAUCUCAUCUCAGUUUAAAUGUCUUCCUACAGGCUUAUUUUCCAAAAUGUUACAUUUAGCUGAGAAGUGUCUAAGUUCACCUUUUGUUCUCCCAGUGUUUUAUAAGCCUGGCAGGUUUCCAGGCUCAACUUGCCUAAUCAUCGUUUAUUUAUUCUAAAUAAGUUUUUAUACACCAGUAAGCUACGUUUAUAGCUGACGAAAUGACGCGUCCCUCCACCUCUCUGUUGAGCUCAUGUUGUCAUUUCCAAAUCAUGACGUCUACUCAAGAUGCGCCUCAUCAUUUUUGUAACUUUUCACAAGUUUUACCGGCCCUAGCGCCUGUACUGCCAAGCUUCGCAUGUUUUCUGGAGGAAACCCGUCUCCUGUCUCUGUGAGAAUUUAUGAAGAAUGAAUCAGAGAGACCGAAUUUUUGGUUUAAAUCAGUCUUUGGUUUCCUUCUCACUUACUUAGCCACUUAUUUUCAAAAAGGGGGUUUUAUUUCAGUCAUCCCUGUGAGUUGUAUGACAGUGUUUGGGUGAAGAUACGAGAAUUUGUGUUUAACUACAAGAAUGUAGUUAUAAUAUCAGCAGAAUA